GGUCCGGCCGCACGCGCGGGACACGAGCGCCCCACGCUCCGAGGCGCGCACGGCCUGCUACCUCUUGGCCUCCUGAGCCUCUCUGUCCCUGGGCCCCAGACGACCUGGAACGCGUACCCUGGGGAGUCGCUCCGCGGCACAGUUCCAGGGGCUCCCUUGGGGUCCUGUCGUCUUCCCACCGACCCCGGUUCCUCUGUCCGCCCCUCCUGCUGCGCGCGGGGCCUCGGAGGAGUUGAGGGGCGAGUGGAUGCGGGCGCGAUGGACAGCGGUGCGCUGCCCCUGCCCGCGCCCUCCGCGCCUGGCGUCUCGGGCGGCUGCGCUCCUCUGCGGCGACUCACAUCCCCAGAGCUGCUGCGCUGCAGCCGGCGGCGACAGCCCGGCGCGACAGAGACCGGGGGUGGCGCGGCGGCCGUGGCGCGGCGCAAUGAGCGCGAGCGCAACCGCGUGAAGCUGGUGAACUUGGGGUUCCAGGCGCUGCGGCAGCACGUGCCGCACGGCGGCGCCAGCAAGAAGCUGAGUAAGGUGGAGACGCUGCGCUCGGCCGUGGAGUACAUCCGCGCGCUGCAACGCCUGCUGGCCGAGCACGAUGCCGUGCGUGCCGCACUGGCCGAGGGGCUGCUGGCGCCAGCCGCGCGGCCCCCCGCGUCCUGCGGGCCUCUCGGGACCCCCGCCGCCGCCGUCGCCUCGCCUUCUUGCGCUUCGUCGUCCCCGGGCCGCGAGGGCAGCUCGGAGCCCGGCUCCCCGCGCUCCGCCUACUCCUCGGACGACAGCGGCUGCGAGGGCGCGCUUAGCCCGGUGGAGCGCGAGCUGCUCGACUUCUCCAGCUGGUUAGGGGGCUACUGAGCGCUCCGCCCCCCCCCCCCGAGCAGCCCCAGCCCUGGACGCGGAGCGGCGAGCACGCUCACCACCCGGGAGCGAUGUGGGUGGCCGGUGCCUCGGGCCCACAGUCCCCGUGGGCGAAGCCACCACCCAGCCGGGACUCCGCCGACGGUCCCCCCCCCCCCCCGUGCCGUCCAACCUGACUAAGUGCCAGUGUGGAAACGUCCCGGCCUGACCCCGCCUGGCUGGCAGCUUCCUCGGAACCCGACUAACCUGCCCCCAGAGGUUCUCCACUGGGAUGGGGCUGGGGCACCAACACCGAGAUUUUUGAAGGGGAGAGGAUUUUAUAGCGACACAGAACUUCUCUUUUUUGCAUAUUAGUUUGAACUGCCCAGGGACACCGGCAAUAUGAAGACUUAUUUUUGUACGAAAAAAAUCCCCAGACUUGGAACACAAUAAAGAUUGUCUACUCCCGCCCCACCCCGCUACUGGAAUUUUCCAACCUGGCCAAGAUCUGGACACCCACUGUCCCCUGAGGGGCGGUGUCCCUGGGAGGCAUCACCUUGCAGCGGCUGGGUAGAUGCAGGCAGUGCUCCCAGCUGGGGACCAGCCUUUUUGGAAAACCUGUCUUGGGGCAGGUGGACUUCAGAAAUAAA